CCUUUCUCCUUCUGUUUUGGGCAGAGCCGCGAAAUCGCGUGAAAAAAAGGAAGCUUUCCCUCAAUGUCUCUCCCUUUCUCUGUCUCUCUCUGUUACGUGUUUGAUCGAUCAGAAUAACAAAACCCAAAAUUUCCAUUUCUCGAGCUUCCAAGGUUGAAGAAGACCGUUGGGUUUGGUUCCAAAUCGUCAAGCACUUAAUUGCACGUCUUCAAACUUCGAAAUCACAAAGCAAUUACACCCCAACGAACUGUUGCAGAGAAAAGGUUGUCUCAUGAUUGCUUUCUUCCAUUCCAAUCCAGUUCAAGAUGCUUCAUCACCAAGCAAAUAUCACAUUUCUGGUUUUAAUUUUAAUUUUUUUUGCCUCUUCAAUCAAAGCCCAUAAUAAUAACUCAGCUCAAUGCACUCGAACCUGUGGAACAAGAGGGAAUCGGAAUCGCGUCCCCUACCCAUUCGGGUUCUCCGAUGGGUGCGAAAUCCGAUUGGAUUGCAGUGCAGACGGCGAAAUCAGAAUCGGGAAAUUUAAAGUUCUGAACGUCACCGGAGAUAGUAUACAGAUCAAUUUUCCGGCGGAAUGUAACAGAACGAUUAACGAAACAGAGCAACUCUUCGGCACCAACUAUGCCCUAACUUGGCAGAACGGGCUCAUGUUGCGGAGCUGUAAAUCUCCGAUUGACGGUUGCUUGAUUCCAGCGAGCAUGUUGGAGGCGAGAUUGAAGUUGCGGAGAUGUGGGUCGGGGAUAAAAAACUUCAGUUGUUACUCUGAAGUGGAUCGAGGGUCGGAGUUGAUGAGUUUCAAGAAUUUGAGUAAUAAGACGAAUUGUGAGUUCUUGUUCACUUCGAUUGCUGUGGAGUUGAGGAACAAUUCGGGUGUGGAUUCGGCGGUUUCGCUUCAGUUUCAGGUGGCGGAGCUGGGGUGGUGGUUGGAGGGGAAGUGCAAGUGUUCGGCGGAUGCGGAUUGUAUGGUGGUGAAUCCGCCGGAGAGAGCAGCAGGGUUCCGGUGCCAGUGUAAGGAAGGUUUUGAGGGAGAUGGGUUCGCCAACGGUGGUGGUUGCCGGAGAGCCAAUUCGGCAGUUCCUGCUUGCAGCGCUUCAAAGUACAUGUCUGGUGAAUGUGGAGGAAGGGCUAGAGUUGGUGUUCUCAUUGGAGGGAUUAUUUCUGGAGCUCUUUUGAUGUCUCUUAUGGCUCUCAUCUGCUUCUACAUCCGACGACGUUCUAGUUCUUUAAGAACCCGAAUGAGUGCAAACCGCCUUCUAUGUGAAGUUGCCGGCAGCUCCAGUGUUCCUUUCUAUCCUUACAAAGAAAUCGAAAGAGCCACUAAUAGCUUCUCUGAGAAACAAAGGUUGGGAACUGGGGCAUAUGGCACGGUUUAUCAAGGAAAACUUCACAAUGAUGAUUGGGUAGCCAUUAAAAAAAUUAGACACCGAGAUAAUGAUGGUAUUGAACAAGUCAUGAACGAGAUCAAGCUUCUGUCCUCUGUGAGCCAUCCAAAUCUUGUCCGCCUCUUAGGUUGCUGUAUAGAGAAUGGUGAACAAAUCCUUGUCUAUGAAUUCAUGCCCAACGGAACUCUUUCUCAACAUCUACAAAGAGAAAGGGGUGCAGUGCUUCCAUGGACAAUACGCCUUACUAUCGCCACUGAAACCGCUCAUGCGAUUGCCUUUCUCCACUCUGCCAUGAAUCCACCAAUAUACCAUAGAGACAUCAAGUCGAGCAAUAUACUCUUAGGUUACAACUUCAAUUCCAAGGUAGCGGACUUUGGUCUUUCUAGACUUGGUAUGACUGAUGAUUCCCACAUUUCAACAGCCCCACAAGGAACACCGGGUUAUGUUGACCCCCAAUACCAUCAAAACUUCCAUCUUUCUGAUAAAAGCGAUGUUUACAGCUUUGGGGUCGUUCUUGUGGAGAUCAUAACUGCAAUGAAAGCAGUUGAUUUCUCUCGGCCUCACAGCGAGGUGAAUUUGGCUGCUCUUGCAAUUGACAGGAUCGGGAAGGGUCUGAUGGAUGAGAUAAUAGAUCCGUUCCUGGAACCACACAGAGAUGCUUGGACAUUUUCAUCAGUUCACAAGGUGGCUGAGCUGGCAUUUCGAUGUCUUGCGUUCCAUAGAGACAUGAGACCGUCCAUGCUCGAAGUGGCAGACGAGCUAGAACAGAUACGGCUGAGCGGGUGGUCCCCAAUGGAGGAGAACAUAUGCAUGGCUUCGUCCGUGGCAUCAACUUGUUCAUCACCGUAUAAUGGGAGUGAGAAGUCAUUUGGCGGUUUGUCGGUCAAGAAGGGUGGGGUUGGGAGUCGGAGAUUGAUUGUUCCGCAACGGUUAGCGGAUUGUCUGGCCUCAUUGGAGGAGGUGAAGGAUAGCUCGCCGGUUUCUGUGCAGGACCCGUGGCUAAGCGAACAGAGCUCACCUUCGACAAACAGCUUGUUGGGUAAUGUAGUUCAGUGAGCUAGAAGUGAAAUUUGCUUCAUCUCAUUCUGUGAAUAUCAUGGAGAUAUUUUACAGUUUUGUGUUUUUAUUUGAAUCCUUGCUUAUAGAUAUCCUUUUGUUUGUUUGUAUGCUUGAUCUUUCAAGCCUUUCUUUUAUUAUUCUUUCUGAUGUAUUUGGAGGAUGUAGAACUCUUCUUCACUAAACAAAUGAAUCAUAUAUACCAAGAAUGUGAACUUAUGAAGUGGUAUUGUGCCU